AUGUUUAUUGCCAUUCCUAAUGUGGUUUCCUGCUACUUAUUAACAUGGGCUGUUAUCCUGAGGUGGACGUGCUGUCAAGGCGCCACCACGGAGAGGCCGAGCGUGCGUAUGAUUAUUGGAGGCAGGGACUCGCGGAGUUCCUCAUGGCCUUGGCAGGCUGGACUUUUGGUAUCGAGGGAAGGUUUCGUGUGUGGAGGCACUUUGAUAGAAUACGAUACCGUCCUCACUGCGGCACAUUGUGUCCGUGGACUUACGCCUGACAGAAUAACAGUAGUUUUGGGAGAUUACAACCGUGACAUCCCAGAGGGUACAGAGCAGUAUAUCGAAGUGAUGCACACGUCACUGCAUCCCCUUUAUAAGGACGAUUUCCUGGGAGGAUAUGACAUCGCCUUACUCCACCUGAAAACCAACGCUACCGAUGCCCCGGGGGUGAGGCCAAUCCCCGCCCUGGCCAGACUCAAACAAAGGCUAUCUCACAACGACUGUUACAUCACGGGAUGGGGGGUAACACAAGAGGAGGAGGAGGAGGAGGAGAAGAAGGAUAAAGAGGUGACAUCUCCGUGCAAUCAACUGAAACAAGUCCCUAAUGAAGUGGGAGACUAUGGGAAACUCGCCACGCGACUUCAGGAAGCAAACAUCAACAUCAUCAGCAACAGCAAGUGUAAUUCCAAGAAAUUCUGGGACGGCAUCGUAAAAACCACCAGUCUUUGUGCCUUUCACAAAAAUUCGGCCGCUUGCGAGGGCGAUUCUGGCGGUCCGCUAGUGUGUAAGAGAAAGGGGUCCUUUGUCCUCCUGGGAACGACGUCGUGGGGAGCCGUGUCGUGUCUGGAAUACCCUACAGUCUUUACAAAGGUUGCCAUCUUCCGACGCUGGAUCCGAAAUCAAAUCCAAGAGAAGAGAAAACUUGGUAAUCUUUCCGUCAUGAACAAGGAACUUUGUGACCGAGUGACGGAAAACCAGAAACACUCCAAAUGA